AUGUCAAAGCCGAUAAGAAACUUAGAUGGACCAAGUGGAAGAGCUCCAACUGUUCAACAAAUAAGAAACAAACAUGGGACUAGAGAGGUGAUAGUGGACAACGGGAUUAUUAGUGUCAGUUUCUCGAGUCCCCAAGGACUUAUAACUGGCAUCAAAUACAAAGGAGUCAAUAAUGUUCUCCAUCCACAUCAACGAGCUCGAGAAUACUUUGUACCGGAGCCAUACAAGAACACAAUGAACCCUUUAUAUCUAAACCACACGGACAAGUUUAGGCAGUACGGAUUAUGGCAACGAUACACAGAGUUAUAUCCAAACCAUGACCUCAUCUACACAAUUGGAGUUAGUAACUAUAGCAAAGACUGGUUCUACUCUCAAGUCACAAGAAAAAUCGGUGAUUCAACGUACACACCAACUACAUGGCAGACUGUGUUUCAUCUUCCAUAUGUAAACAUGCGAGGUAGCUACACAUUGCAGCUAGCUUUAGCCUCGGCUGCAUGGGCUAAUCUACAAGUACGUUUCAAUAACGAAUACACGAGGCCAUUUUUCUCAACGGGAUAUAUUGGAAGAGAUAAUGCUAUAGCAAGACAUGGAAUCCAUGGACUCUAUCGGCUUUAUAGCAUCAAUGUACCUGGAAGGUUGCUACGCACGGGAACCAACACGAUUUAUCUUCGACAAGCUAAAGCAUCAGGACCACUUGAAGGAGUUAUGUAUGAUUACAUUCGUCUCGAAGAGCCUUCUAGAGAAUAG